AUGGAGAAAUGGCACGUGGUGCUGAGAUACGAGCGAGAGUGUAAACAAGAAAAAAAUGUGGUUGGAAUGUUUUGGGAUCGUCACGGCUUAGUGAAUGUUCUUUUUGGUUUUAAGUGUUCGUUUUCGUNACGUCCCACGAAGUCUCCUCCUCCACCACUAGAGGAUCCUAAACCUGCACCUCCCAGUAGAAGUCCAGAUACUCCACCAACAACAAUCUCUUCUCCUCCUCCACGUUCUCCUCCUGAAAUACUUGUCCCAGGUUCUGACAACCCAUCACAGAACAACCCUGCUCUUAGGCCUCCUCAUGAUACUUCAAGUUCAACUAAUGGUAGUGGACUUGGUGCUGGUGCUGUUGUUGGUAUCAGCGUAGCAGUGGCGCUUGUUGUGUUCAGUCUUAUUGGAAUUUUUGUCUGGUGCUUGAGGAGACGAGAGAAACGUCUUUCAGCUGUUAGUGGUGGCGAUGUUACGCCAUCACCAAUGAGCUCUACCGCAAGAUCAGAUUCAGCGUUUUUUAGGAUGCAGUCAUCUGCACCUAUUGUAGGUAGCAAGCGUUCUGGCAGUCAUCAUUACUCACAGUCACAAUCUGGCGGCUUAGGCAAUUCGAAAGCAUUGUUUUCUUAUGAAGAACUUGUGAAGGCAACAAAUGGGUUUUCAGAAGAAAAUUUAUUGGGUGAAGGUGGAUUUGGUAGUGUAUAUAAAGGGAUAUUACCGGAUGGGAGAGUAGUUGCUGUGAAACAACUUAAAAUUGGUGGAGGACAAGGCGACCGAGAGUUUAAAGCUGAAGUUGAGACUCUUAGCAGGAUUCAUCACCGCCAUUUGGUUUCCAUCGUGGGACAUUGCAUCUCUGGUGACCGUAGAUUGCUCAUUUAUGAUUAUGUCUCUAAUAAUGACCUUUACUUCCACCUUCAUGGUAAAGUAAAAACAUCUCCAAGUGAUCUGGUUUUGCGUGAGUGA